UUUAAUUGUCAAAUUGACAUAACAAAUUAUAAAAAAUGGCCGAUGAACAAGCUCCAGUUCCAGAAGAGCAAUCUGCUGAAGCUCCUACUGAAGCAUCACCAGAAGUGGCUUUAGAGCAAUCAGAAGCCGUUCAAGAAGGUGCAGAAUCUGAAGAGCCUAAAAUCGAAGAAGAAGGCCCUACAGAAAAAGAUGCAGCAUCUGAACAACAGCCCAAAAUCGAAGCAGAAGGCUCAGUAGAUAAAGGGGCAAAUGAAACAUCAAUUAGUGAACAAGGUCAAGCGCCUGAUGAAUCAGAUGAACCUCCGAAAAUUGUUGUAACAGAAGCGGAAGAAACGGCUUCAGAAUACAUCGAAGAAGAUGAAGAGCAAUUUGACGAACCAGAAAAUUACGAGGAUGACAUGAUGAAAGCAUUAGGAGUUGAACAGGAUUCCCUCGAUGCUCUGGUUAAGUCAUCUUCCAUGCAGAUAGCUAAACAACGAUCCAUGGGAUCAAAUCUGGAUAGCAGUAUGAUGGUAGCAGAAAAGAUGGAUAAAUAUGCUGCUAGAACCAAAGACGUAUUGGGUGAAGUGAUAGAUAUAAGAAGGGGGAGUAUGACAGGAGAAGCUGGCGAUAGACGAAUAGCUCGUUUUAUGAAUACUUAUAAACUUGAUUCUGAUAAUCCAUUCAACAAUGAAAAAGUAGACAAAAUACUUAAAUCAGUCAUGGAAGAAACAUUUAAUGAGCUUAAAUAUGAUCCAGAAAAAUGUGGCAAAGAAGCUAAAUGGGCUUCGAACACCAUUAAAGCGAAAGUUAAGCAAUUGGAAUUCGAAAGAUAUAAGAUUAUCAGUUUGGUUUCCAUUGGAGAAAAGCACAAUCAAGAUGUGCUGUGUACUUGCAGAUUCCUGUGGGACGCAGAAAGGGAUAACUAUUCCUGUUAUACUUUAGAAAAUCCAUAUAUUUUUGGAAUCGCACUCUGUUUUGGUUUAUACUAUGAAUAAUUUUGAUUUUUUUUAAUAACGAAUACUUUUAUUUAUAUUUUUUAGUGCUAUUACAUAUAUAACUUAUAAAA